GGUUUUCCGUUUUUGGUUAAAGGAUUUGUAGAAACAAUAAUGGUGGUGGAGGGAGCAAUUGAUGAUGAAUCUCCAUUGAUUCAAAGCUUUUGUUCUGGUGAUGUUUUAGGAGGACCUUCAAAGAGAACUGGGAGUGUAUGGAGUGCAGUGUCACACAUAAUAACAGGUGUAAUAGGGGCAGGAGUGUUGUCUCUAGCAUGGGCAGUGGCACAGUUAGGGUGGAUCGCAGGUCCAUUGUUGCUCAUGCUCUUUGCACCCAUCACCUUUGUUUCUUCAUACAUUCUAUGUGAUUGCUACAGAUUUCCUCACCCUCAACUUGGUUCUAUUAGGAACUCUUCCUACAUGCUUGCUGUCAAGAUGUUUCUUGGAGAUACAAAGGAAAAGAUAUGUGGAGUGCUGGUUCAUGGAGGCUUAUUUGGCACAAAUAUUGCUUACAUCAUUACAACUUCUAACAGCAUCAAGUAAGCUACGCACUAAAUUUACUUCUCUUUUUUUUUUGUGGUUAAGCUUUCUUUACUGCGUGUUAUUGACAAAGGAAAAUAGUAUUCAUUAUUAUUAUUAUCUAUCUAAAAAUAUGUGAGAAAAAAAA